AAUAUAUUAAUAGUAGGUAUUAUAAAAAUUAGCUUUAGCCUAGGUAAGGAAAUUAUUAUUUUAGGUAUAAUAGAAAUAGAGACGUAUUUUAGAAUAAUAACUUUUUAUAUUUUACUUAUUAAUACCCUAUUUUUUUUAUAUUUAAAAAAUAUAGAUUGA